GUAAUGAAAAAUCACACAGUCAUAGCAACAUUCAUCUUGUUGGGACUUACAGAGGAUCCACAACUACAAGUUCUGAUUUUUAUCUUCUUGUUUCUUACCUACAUAUUGAGCAUUACUGGAAAUCUAACCAUUAUUAUUCUCACACUCAUGGAUUCUCAUCUUAAAACACCUAUGUAUUUUUUUCUCCGAAACUUCUCCUUCUUAGAAAUCUCAUUCACCACAGUCUGUAUUCCCAGAUUCCUAUACAGUAUAUCAAGUGGGGACAAUACCAUUACUUAUGAUGCCUGUGCCAGUCAAAUAUUUUUUAUUGGACUUUUUGGAGCCACAGAGUUUUUCCUCCUGGCCUCCAUGUCCUAUGACCGCUACGUGGCCAUCUGCAAACCCCUGCAUUACACAACCAUCAUGAACAGUAGAGUCUGCACCCUCCUUGUCCUCUGCUGCUGGGUCUCUGGGUUGAUGAUCAUUGUACCACCCCUUAGCUUGGGCCUCCAGCUGGAGUUCUGUGACUCCAAUGCCAUCGAUCAUUUUGGCUGUGAUGCAGGUCCCCUCCUAAAGAUCUCAUGCUCAGACACGUGGCUCAUAGAACAGAUGGUUAUAAUCUGUGCAGUAGUGACAUUCAUCACUACACUGAUAGGUAUUGCUCUCUCAUACAUAUACAUCAUCCAGACAAUUCUAAGAUUUCCUUCUGCUUCACAAAGAAAAAAAGCUUUUUCCACUUGUUCUUCUCACAUGAUUGUUGUUUCCAUUACCUAUGGCAGCUGUAUUUUUAUCUACAUCAAGCCCUCAGCCAAAGAAGAGGUGGACAUUAACAAAGGCUUAUCUGUGCUCACUACCUCUGUUGCCCCAUUGUUGAACCCCUUUAUUUAUACUUUGAGGAACAAGCAAGUGAAACAAGCUUUCAGUGACACAAUAAAAAAAAUUGCAUUUAUCUGA